AUGGUGGUCCCACCUUCAACGGGAGCAACAACUGCCCAGCAGCAGUCCCAGCAAUUAGCCACCCGCUCCCGCGCCUCGAACUCGAACCACUUCCACCAAUCUUACAAUGCCAAUGUUCCUCUGAGUGCUCGAAGGGCUGCGCCGCUCGACCUCUCCACGGUCGAGCGUCGUGGCCACUCUACCGCGAGUAGAGAACCAGUCAAGCGUGUGCGACCUCAUGGCUUACAAGAAGCUCCAACUUUUCGUCCCACCGAAGCAGAGUUCAAAGACCCAUUCGAAUAUAUCCGCAAAAUCUUCCCUGAAGGAAAGAAAUAUGGAAUUUGCAAGAUUGUCCCUCCCGACAACUGGGCUCCGCCGUUUGCUAUCGAUACAGAGAGAUUCCAUUUUCGUACCCGCCGGCAGGAGUUGAACUCGGUUGAAGGAGGCACUCGAGCGAAUCUCAACUACCUCGACCAACUAACGAAAUUCCAUAAACAACAUGGAAUGAAUCUAAGCCGGUUCCCUAGCGUCGAUAAGCGCCCUCUUGAUCUCUACAAGCUUAAAAAGGCCGUCGACAUCCGUGGUGGUUUUGAUCAAGUUUGUAAACUGAAAAAGUGGGCCGAAAUUGGUCGUGACUUGGGCUAUAGCGGCAAAAUCAUGUCAUCAUUAUCAACUUCGUUAAAAAAUUCCUACCAACGUUGGCUUCACCCAUACGAGGAAUAUCUCCGCGUCGCUAAACCUAGUGUCCAGCAGCAGCUGGAAUUCGAAAACGGAGGACCAUACACCCCGUCCCCCGGAAACUCUCCGGUAGCCAAUAGGCCACAUACAAACAAUCGUCGUUCAUCCGAAGUAAGCAAAAUUUCUCCCGCGGCAAGGGCUUCUGCUACACUUGGUAGUUCCGUGAGAGACAGUGAGGGCAGAACGGACGGAUCUUCGGCUCCGCUUGACUACCCCCAGGAACGACAUGUCACCACUUCGGGGUUUACAGCGGUCAAUUCUAAUACAAGCGGGUUUUCUGCAAUUAAUGCGUCUCCAUCAUUCGUUGCAGUGAACAGCUCAGCUCCUACUGUAAAACGAGAGAUGGAGAAUGGAACUCAUCAAACAACCUUUGGAAACAAUGCUUUGACAUCUAAGGACACCCUGGAACGACACCAGCACGAAACUAGCAGUACGCCAACAGUCAACGGCCAUGAUUCACAUCCGCUUAAACGUGCAUUCAGCCAAGAAAGUUUGACGGGAAGUUCGCAAACAGAUAACGCAGAUGCUGAUGGAGCAAACGGGCGACGCAGUAAACGGCUGAAGAAGGAUGGCGCGCCAACUGUCGUUGGAUCGCAUAUGAGUUUACUUCGCCCAACACAAACACAAGGGCGAACAAAGAAUGGAAACAGGAAAACCGGAGAACGAUGUGAAAAUUGCGGCAAGAGUGAUAAUCGGCCAACUAUCUUAUCGUGCGACGGAUGCGAAAACGGUUAUCACAUUCACUGCCUUGACCCACCCCUGGAUUCCGUCCCUGAUUUCGACUGGCAUUGUCCCAAAUGCCUGGUUGGAACUGGAGAAUAUGGCUUUGAGGAGGGUGGGAUAUAUUCGCUGAAGCAAUUCCAGGAGAAAGCGGAUAAUUUCAAGGAAAACUAUUUUGCUCCAAGGAUGCCCUUUGAUCCCGUUCUCAAUGCCCCUCGAAAGGAGACGGAAGAUGACGUUGAGCGAGAGUUUUGGCGGCUUGUGGAAAGUUUGACAGAGACCGUUGAAGUUGAGUAUGGUGCAGAUAUCCACUCGACAACCCAUGGAAGCGGGUUUCCCACUGUUGAACGGAAUCCUUUGGACCCUUAUUCUGUUGACCCGUGGAAUUUGAAUGUCAUGCCUUUGCACUCAGAGUCUCUCUUCCGGCACAUUAAAUCGGACGUCUCUGGCAUGACCGUUCCCUGGGUGUAUGUUGGCAUGUGUUUCUCGACAUUUUGCUGGCAUAACGAAGACCAUUACACAUAUUCAGCCAACUACCAACAUUUCGGUGCUACGAAGACAUGGUAUGGCAUUCCCGGUGAAGAUGCUGAAGCUUUUGAGGAGGCUAUGCGCCAAGCAGUCCCAGAACUGUUCGAAACUCAGCCGGAUCUCUUAUUCCAAUUAGUCACGUUACUGCCACCGGAUCAAUUAAAGAAGGCAGGCGUCAACGUGUAUGCUCUCGAUCAGCGUGCCGGCCAAUUCGUUAUUACCUUUCCGCAAGCGUAUCAUGCCGGGUUUAACCAUGGAUUUAAUUUCAAUGAAGCUGUUAACUUCGCGCCAUCCGACUGGGAACCACUAGGUCAAGCGGGCGUAGAGCGCCUACAGGAAUUCCGACGGCAGCCUUGUUUUUCACAUGAUGAGUUGCUCAUUACGGCUGCAGCGAGGGAUACAUCUAUCAAAACUGCUAAGUGGCUUGGUCCCGCGCUUCAACGUAUGUGCAAUCGAGAACUCGAGCAGCGUGCGGCCCUAAUAGCUCGCCAUCAGGAGCUUAGUCCCCAUAAAUGUAAAAUUAGUGGUGGAGAGGAAGGAUCAGAUGAGUGUACACUGAAAUUCGUGGUUGAAGACACAGACCUUCCCGAAGAAGAGUAUCAGUGCAGUUACUGUAAAGUAUACAGUUAUUUGACACAGUUCAAAUGCCACAAAAAAGGGAAAACACUGUGUCUCACACAUGCUGAGAGCUAUGACUGCUGUGGAGAAGACGCCUCGCAGAAGUUACUUCGAAGUAACCAUACCUUACGCUAUCGAAUGUCCGAUGAGGCCUUGAAAUCGUGCGUUCAGAAAGUGGAAAGCCGAGCUCGGAUCCCGGAAGCCUGGGCUGAAAAGGUGGACAAAGUUCUCGCAGACGAACCGAAACCUUCGCUGAAAGCUUUGCAUGCUUUACUUAGUGAGGGAGAGAAAAUCCCAUAUUUCCUACCCGGCCUGCAGGAUCUGACCUCGUUUGUUCAGCGUUGCGACAAAUGGGUCGAUGAGGCUAAUAAUUACAUUACUCGUAAACAGCAGAAUCGUCGCAAAAAUGAAAAGGCAUGGCGCAGAGGCAAUUCGGCCAAGGCAGCCCAGCUGGAGGAGCGAGAUCGUGAACUCCGCAAAGUGGAAAAGAUCUAUGCGCUCCUGGAAGAAGCGGAUAACCUCUCCUUUGAUUGCCCGCAGAUCGUAUCGCUUCGGGAAAAGGUCCAGGAAAUUCAGAAAUUCCAGAGUGAUGCCCAAGCUAUCCUUUGCAACCCCCACAUUAGUUCGACACAGGAAGUCGAGGAGCUUGCAGAACUUGGCCGGAGCUUCAAUGUUGACAUACCUGAGGUAGACAAGCUCGAGAAGGCCCUAAGACAGAUGAAAUGGAAUGAUCAAGCCCGCCGGAAACGCGAGCAGCUCCAAACUCUCGAUGAGUGCCGCGAGUUCAUUGAGCAAGGCGAGCAGCUAGGCUUGUCUGAGACAAACGAACAUCUACUUUAUUUCAAGGAGAUGCUUCGCUUGGCAGAAACAUGGGAGUCGAAAGCAAAAGAACUCAUGUCAGUAGAAGUUGUGCACUACCAACAGUUAGAAGCACUUUCCUCACAGGCGGCUAAAUUGCCUGUAUCCCCCGAAACCCUUUCUGCUGUCGACGCAAUCUUGACGAAGCAGCGUGAAGCGCAGCGACAGAUCUCCGGGUUUUAUGACAGCAGUCGGAAUCCGGAUUUCCGGAAACGGCCUCACUAUAAAGAUGUACGUGAUCUUAUGGAGUCUUUGACGGAACUAAAUAGCAAGCCAAAUGGAACCAUCGACCUGGAAAAGGAGCAGAAACGCCAUGAGGACUGGAUGCGGAAAGGCAAGAAGCUGUUUGGCAAAGCCAACGCUCCAUUGCACAUCCUCAAGAUGCACUUGCAAUACGUUGAGAAAAAGAAUUCGUAUUGCUUCGAUCUCGAGGAUCGGUGCCGUCCACCUGUUGAACCGGCCUCACGAGAGGCAAGUCCCGAUGCUGAGGCACAUAAUUGGACGGGCAGUAGGUCUAAGAAAAAGGAUGUGUUUUGUAUCUGUCGACAACAGGAAGCUGGGUUGAUGAUUGAGUGUGAACUUUGUCAUGAGUGGUACCACGGAAAAUGCUUGAAAAUUGCGAGGGGCAAGGUCAAAGAAUUCGACAGCUAUACUUGUCCCAUUUGUGAUUGGCGUGUCAAGAUCCCCCGCGAUGCCGCUCGCCCUAAAUUAGAAGAGCUGCUUGAUUGGCAGGCUGAAAUUCCUGAUCUCCCUUUCCAACCCGAAGAAGAACAAGUUUUGGAAUCGAUCAUCGACCAAGCAACAUCAUUUCGGGAGUUCGUUCGACCACUCGUGCACUCCGCUGCCUGCAUGACUGCUGAAGAGGUCCCGACACAGAUCUUCUAUCUCAGAAAAAUGGAAGGAGCAGAAGUUCUCCUUGCCUUUGAAACCAAUUAUUUCCGCCAGGAAAUCCAUAAGUGGUCGCCUGUCGCACCUGAACCGCCUCCGAUUCUUGAAGUAUCGCUAUCUACUCGCAAGCCACGACCUACUAAGCAACAAAAGAUGAUGGCCCAGCUUGGAGUUGAAAAACCUGAAGAUCUUCCUCUUCACUUGCGCACCAAGCAGCAUACGUUUUCCAGCAAACGGAAAUCAACGGAAUCCCAAGCUUCAGGACGGCCGCCCCCUCUUCAACCGGCACCUGUACUUCGCUCUAACACACCAUCUGGUGACCCUCGAUCGGUUUCCACGGGUAACGCUCCGACUCCGACUCCGACUACAAUGGCAGCGGCAGGCCCAGCUUCCCAACAUCCAACCGCAUUCUCCUUCUCACAGCCGUUCCCAAUACCGAACGAUGCAAGUCCAUCUUACGCUCCUACAACGUCGGCAUACCUCCCGGCUGUAAACAAUGUACACUCCCCCUCAUUCGACCCCCCAUCGCCAUCCCAUCACCAGGGUCUUGAUCCAUCUCUCUUCAGCCCUCCAAGCUUUACCCGAAAUAACCCCCUCCACCCUCAAACUAUGGGUAAAGACCACGACGACAUGGGUGGUCCAAUGGCUUUUACCAGCAGCCCACGCGGAGGAGAUAUGGAAGACAUUUUUGCCGAGAUGACGAACCAAGACACCGAACAAAUAGGGGCGUUGGAGGUUAGCCAUGCGAAUGAAGCGCUGGAGGCACUUCGAAGUGCUAGCAACAGUGGUGCGCGGUGCCGUUCUACCUCCAGAUCCGGCGAUGAUUUCGACGCGGAGAAUGGGGACGGCACUAUGGGUGAUGAGGGUCAGGGUCGAGAUGGCGAGGAUACCUCCAACAAUUGUCUUGCGGAUGAAUUCUUGACGUGA